CGCAUGCGCACGAGUUGUCCAGACGCUAGCGGUGUAGACCCGGCUACUACUGUGCAGCGCAGACUUGGGCAGCUGUAAUCUGAUUCAUCAGUGAGUUGAGAGCCCAUCUUUAGUCUGUGAAGGAAUAAUGCUUCCAACAUGUCCGUGGACUCGAUGCUCUGUGAUCGUAUAGAAAUUGCCAAAGAACUAAUAAAGAGAGCAGAAGUCCUCUCAAGGUCUCGAGCUGGAGGCGUUGAAGGUGGAGCAAAACUAUGCAGCAAACUGAGGGCAGAACUAAAGUUCUUACAAAAAGUGGAGGCAGGAAAAGUAGCGAUUAAGGAGUCUCAUUUAAAAAGCACUAAUCUCACUCACCUACAAGCCAUUAUCGAGUCAGCCGAGAGCCUGGAAGAUGUGGUCAGUGUUCUCCAUGUCUUCAGCUACAAUGACCAGUUUGGUGAAAAGCAAACACUGGUGGUCGAUGUGGUUGCCAAUGGUGGCCACACAUGGAUCAAAGCCAUAGGGAGAAAGGCUGAGGCCCUCCAUAACAUAUGGAUUGGACGUGGCCAAUAUGGUGACAAAAGCGUCAUUGAACAAGCGGAGGAUUACCUGCAAGCAAGCCGCCAGCAGCCUGUGCAGUUUAGCAGUCCUCAUAUCAUAUUUGCCUUCUACAACAGUGUCUCCAAACCUAUGGCUGAGAAGCUAAAGGAGAUGGGGAUAUCUGUACGGGGGGAUAUCGUUGCUGUUAACUCAUCUGUGGGGAUUACUCAAGAAGAAAACGAUCUAAGCUGUAGUGAAUCGGACGUGGAGGAGGAUGACUCAGAGCUUCUUCAUAUUGACGAGGUGGAUAGGGAAAAUAUAGUUGCCAGCGUGGCUUUUCCCAGAGAGAUCAAGGUUGAGGUCUGCAACCGCGUGAACUUAGACAUCACGACAUUAAUUACUUACGUUUCUGCUCUCAGUCAUGGCGGCUGCCAUUUUAUCUUUAAAGAUAAGGUUUUGACAGAACAAGCAGCACAAGAAAGGCAAGAGAAAGUGUUACCUUUGCUGGACUCCUUUAUGGAGGGCAAGGAGCUCUUUGCCUGUGAAUGUGCCGUGCGGGAUUUCCAGUCCAUAUUGGAGACUUUAGGAGGAGCACAUGAGAGGGAACGAGCUGCAUCACUCAUACAGAGAAUUAAUGUAGUGCCUGAUCAACCUUCUGUGCGUGCCUUAAAACUGUGCUCCAGCUCCAAAGUUAAUAGCCGCUCUGUCUCCAUAUUUGGGACUGGGGACUCUUUAAGAGCGAUCACGAUGACUGCUAAUAGUGGCUUUGUGAGAGCGGCCAAUAACCAGGGGGUUAAAUUCAGUGUGUUUAUUCACCAACCUCGAGCUCUUACUGAGAGCAAAGAGUCUUCUGCAACGCCUAUAUUAAAGAAUGAUGUGGCGUCUGACCCGCACUAACCUCCGCCAUUGUUUGUGUCAGGAACUCAUCAGCCUGUUUGUCUUAUUCCAAAUCUUCUGCUAACAUAUCCCACAAGGUGGCUCCAUGCAACUAUCGUGUGCAGAAAUUUGUUCAAUAAAUAGUUAAUGCUAAGCACUUUA